UUAAAUGAGCAGUCAUGUAAGACGCGUGGAGAGAACUGGUGGAUACCCAGGAUAAUCUGGAAGAGGUUCAAAUUGGCAUGGGCUUCCUUUGGGAACAAUGGUGGAGUUGAAGCGGUUAUAUAGCGUUUGGAAAUUGCGUUAUAUGCAAAUGGGAGAUAGCAUACAUAACUUUAUGUAUGCCUGGGGAUUAGUAUCUAGCGAGAAUACACAACACACACAACUCUUGACGCGGUCUUCGCCAAUGCAGCAUCACUGACAACCACCGCGUUUCAAAUGGCUUUUAUGCUCUUGUCGCAGACACUGCGGCGAUUCCUGUCAGUAUGUUAUAGUCUCAAGGACUGGAUAGAGAUUGUGUUGGUUUCUCCUUUAUCUCGCCUGAUCUACAGGCCCACUUGCCACGAUAUUGAAGCGGGACUUCAAUAUGAUUGCGAAGUAAAUGAAACUGGACACGGAAAGGUUGAAACUAUUUGUAGAGAUGCUCAAGGACAAUUUAUCUCUGGUGGGCUAACUGGAAUUGUGGAACUCCUUGAUGAUGGUACUAUCCUCAAAUCACCAUUUCCUGACGCUGAAGUGGAAAACCACAUCCUGGACAUUGCCAAAGAAGCCAGUAUCUAUGAUCGCGUUGGCCCACAUGAAAGGCUGGUACGGAUAUUAGGUCACUCCAGGGAUGGCCUUAUUCUUGAGUACAUGAAAAACGGUGAUCUCAAAACAUAUAUUCAAGCUCAAAGCUCGAUUCCGAUGGGCCUGAAGUUAAAGUGGGCAUAUCAAAUUACACAAGCUGUCUCUCUCCUGCAUAGUAACGGCAUAAUCCAUUGUGAUAUUAAACCGCGAAAUUUCCUCUUGGACGCGACUCUUGAUAUCAAAAUUAUUGACUUCUCUGGCCCUUCGCUAGACGGAUCUAAACCAACCUCUGGCGAGGGAACUCGAUUCUAUCUCCCACGACAUUGGAGAGACCCACCUACCGUGGCUACAGAUCUAUUUGCACUCGGGUCGACUCUUUAUGAGGUUUUUCAAGCAACCAGCCCCUACGAGGAGAUCCCUAGCGAUCAAGUAGAAGUACUUUUCAAGAGAAAUGAGUUCCCUAAUAUUUCUGCUAUUCCAUGCGGAAAGAUUAUCAAGCAGUGUUGGUUGUCCCAAGUUGAUUCAGCCGAACAUGUGCAGGCUUUCAUCCGAGAUAUAAUUUGCAGCAAGCUCAACGCUGACUGUAUCCCUCAUCUCGAUGGUUUAGACAUUGGUCAGGGCGUCCAAAAGCGGGGUGUUACUGCCUGGUAA